AUGUACAGUCGGCGGCAAUGCUGUAUCGGCAUUUCUCUCCUGGCGACUCUCCGCGACGAACGCUUGCGACGUUACUUUAGUGUGGAAAUCCAACUUCCAGCAAGUAGCGCAAUACGGGAUUUCUUUCAAGUAAGCCGCAACAGCACAUACGAGGUUAUGAGAAUUAACACAAUCAGGUCUGCAGCAUUUGGGAACGAACGUUUCAAGCCCAGAUAUGUCGUCUCGAGUCCUGAAGAAGCCGCUUCGGACCGUGGACCAGCAUUUGACUAUGUCAUUCUCUGUGUCAAAGCACUCCCUGAUGUCUACAACCUGGCAGAUAUAAUACAGUCGGUCGUUACGCCUCAGCACACUUGUAUCAUAGUCAACACCACCAACACCUUGGGCGUCGAGAAGCAGUUAGAGAGCAGAUUCCCUACAAACGUCGUGCUUUCUCUGGUAUCAGGAGCAGCUAUUACACAGAUCGGCGCCAGCGAGUUUGAACACACUGGUUCGCGAGAAGUCUGGGUUGGUCCAGCAAACUUGGACGCCAAAAUUCCACACUCUAUUCAAAGGGAUAUGUCUGAAGCCUUAGCCAUGACUCUCACGACUGGCCAAGUCGACUGCAAGGUUUCUGACAAUAUCCGUCAACAACAGUAUGAAAGAAUGAUUGGGCCUAUCGCAUUUCACCCGAUAAGCGUAAUAUUCGAGACCUCGAACUUGUCGGAGCUAAUCAACAAGCCUGGAGUCCGCGAUCUGGUAUCGGACGUCAUUGAAGAGCUCAUCCACUUAGCAAGCUCCAACAAGUGUAUGCUUCCUGCUAACUUCAAGCAAAGGACGAUCGAAUCGAUGAGCCAGUCAUCUCAGGAGCAGAGCACAAUGUACCAGGAUUUUACUGCGAGACGGCCGAUGGAGGUUGAGACAUACUUAGGUGCUCCUACUGAGUUGGCAAAAGAGGCUGGCAUAGCUGUGCCGCGCAUAGAGACAUUGUAUACUAUUCUCCGACACAUCAACGCUACAAACAAGGAUAGACCAGCCCAAGCGACACAGCAAGUGCAUCCUCCACCAGCCAGCGAAAAUCAAACGCCAGUACCUCAGCCUGCUCGUAUGGCACAUAACCCUCCACCUCCACGCCCCAUGAACGGAAACCCAGGUCCCAUGAAUUCAGGUCCUCACAUGCGCCCGAAUGGCAUGCGUAUGGGCCCUCCACCUGCCCGACGAGGUCCGCCUCCUGUCAAUGGAUACCGAGGCAUACCUCCCAAUGGCUAUCCUCCUCGAGGGCCGAGUCAGCUCGGCCGAAGACCAUCUUUUGACGAGAAUAAUAUGGACGAGUUUCAACAUGUCGUUCUGUACGAUGACGUCCCCGAUGGUGAUGUAGCAGCAGCAUAUGGAGAGCCUGGAAACGCUAUGGCUAUGCGCGAGCGCGAACUCAUGCUUCGUGAGAAGGAAUUACGAAUGCGAGAGCACGAAAUAUCCAUGAGAAGCAGGAACGGUAGCAGGAAACCUCAUCAGAGCAAACACCAAGCCUAUAUGGAUGACGAUGAUGAUGACGACGACGCGUUCGACCCAAUGGACAACAGAAUGGCACACGCACCAGUGCUCGAUGCGGACAACAUUGAUAUGAUGAGCGUUACGUCUCGCCGCACGAAACGUGCACCUAGCCAGAGUCAACUUCGACGGGGCAUGUUCGAAGGUGGUGCUCCAAUGAGAGGAGGCUCUCAACGGCCACACAAUGGUCGUCACAGAACCAGCGCUCAACUGAUGUCCGACAUGCCAGUUCUUGGAGGGAAUAUACUUGAUAACCCCAUGACGGGAUUUUCGUCAAACAGAUAUGGUGCUGUCGAUCGUAAAGAGAUGGCUGAUGAAUCGCGUGCCAAUUCGUUAACAGCAAGCAGACUCCAUGAGAUGGGAGGAGCUGGUGGCCCCUAUCCUCAGUCAAGUCGCCGAACGAGCCGCUCGCCUGGCAACCCUCUUAGCCCGAUGGGACCAGGCCCUAUGGCCCCAAUGGGUCGACCUCAUGGGCGACCAUCACCACCAAACGAUACUUACAUGCAAGGUCCACCUCGGAAUGGUCGUCCCUCACCACCAGGUGGGAUGCAGGCACCGGUGCCUAGGUAUCCGGUAGGGCCGGGGAAUUUGAUGCAUGAGCAACAAGCUGGGGUGAGCAAGCCAUACCCACCUAAACCCACCAAAAGUCUGACAGGUAGCGCCAGUGCUAGCGCCAACAGUGGUGAUAGUGGCAGUGCCAACAUCGAAAGCGACCCGUCUGCACACAGCAGCACCAGCAGUUUUGCACCACGAGCGAUGAUGGGAGUCCAUUGA